UUAAUUUGGAAAACACAAAUUAGUCCAAGUGUUGACGUCAACCUUUAUAUUUAACAGCCAGAGCUCCGCGUCCGCACACAAAAGUGAGCAGUGUUUUGAUGCGGCACGUGAGGUUUAAAUUAAAUAAUCCCAAACUGGGAGUCUAGUUUUGCUUCUCACUUUCUUUUUAUCCGUUGCUUUACAUGACCACAAACCUGGGCAAGCUUACGAACCGACAGAAAUCAGCGCUGUCACAUCGACACCGGAGGCGGCUGCGGUUGCCCAGUGUGUGGCCCAAACACAAACCCACCACGGCAGCGCCAGGCAUCAUGAUGGAGGGGGGCAUGCAGCUGCUCAACCGCGAUGGGCACAGCAUCUCGCACAACUCGAAGCGGCACUAUCACGACUCGUUCGUCUCGAUGAACAGGAUGCGACAGCGCGGCCUGCUGUGCGACAUCGUGCUUCACGUCUCCAACAAGGAAAUCAAGGCGCACAAAGUGGUGCUGGCGUCCUGCAGCCCUUACUUCCAUGCCAUGUUUACCAACGAGAUGUCCGAGAGCCGGCAGACUCACGUGACCCUCCACGACAUCGACCCUCAGGCUUUGGAGCAGCUCGUCCAGUACGCCUACACAGCAGAGAUCGUAGUCGGGGAAGGUAACGUGCAGACCUUGCUUCCAGCAGCGAGCCUGCUGCAGCUCAACGGGGUGAGGGACGCGUGCUGCAAGUUCCUCCUCAGUCAGCUGGACCCCUCCAACUGCCUGGGCAUCCGAGGCUUCGCAGACACGCACUCCUGCAGCGACCUGCUCAAGUCGGCGCACAAGUACGUGCUGCAGCACUUUGUGGAAGUGUCCAAGACAGAGGAGUUCAUGCUGCUGCCGCUGAAACAGGUGCUUGACCUGAUCUCCAGUGAUAAUCUGAAUGUGCCGUCAGAGGAGGAGGUGUACCGCGCCGUGCUGACCUGGGUGAAACAUGACAUAGAUGGACGCAGGCAGCAUGUGCCUUGGGUAAGUCGGGAGGAAAACGCAACCGAUUUUCAUUCCCCCACCUCCUCCGUAUCGAUCACCUCUGCCGUGUCUCACCAGCUGAUGAAGUGCGUGCGGCUGCCUCUGCUGAGGCGAGACUUCCUGAUGAGCAACGUCGAUACGGAGCUGCUGGUGCGUCACCACUCGGAGUGCAAAGAUCUGCUGAUCGAGGCUCUGAAGUACCACCUGAUGCCCGAGCAGAGGGGGGUCCUGAGCAACAGCCGGACGCGCCCUCGGCGCUGUGAGGGGGCCAGCCCUGUGCUCUUUGCCGUCGGCGGAGGCAGCCUUUUCGCCAUCCACGGAGACUGCGAGGCGUACGACACCAGGACAGACCGCUGGCACAUGGUGGCAUCCAUGUCCACCAGGCGCGCACGAGUCGGUGUGGCAGCCAUCGGGAACAGACUCUAUGCUGUCGGAGGGUACGAUGGCACCUCGGACCUCGCAACCGUGGAGUCCUACGAUCCCAUCACCAACUCCUGGCAGCCGGAGGUUUCCAUGGGAACGAGGCGGAGUUGUCUGGGUGUAGCUGUUCUGCACGGCCUGCUGUAUGCUGCUGGGGGAUAUGAUGGCGCCUCCUGUCUGAACAGCGCGGAGCGUUACGACCCUCUGACCAGCACUUGGACAUCAAUUGCAGCGAUGAGUACCAGAAGGAGAUACGUUCGAGUUGCGACUCUGGACGGCAGCUUGUAUGCGGUGGGAGGCUACGACAGCUCCUCGCAUCUGGCAACGGUGGAGAAAUACGACCCGCAGAGCAACACGUGGACGGCCAUCGCCAACAUGCUGAGCCGGCGCAGCAGCGCCGGGGUGGCCGUGCUGGACGGCAUGCUGUACGUGGCGGGAGGCAACGACGGCACCAGCUGCCUGAACUCAGUGGAGCGCUUCAACCCGAAGACAAACACCUGGGAAGGAGUCGCUCCCAUGAACAUACGCAGGAGCACUCACGACCUGGUGGCUAUGGACGGGUGGCUAUACGCGGUGGGAGGCAACGACGGCAGCUCCAGCCUUAACUCAAUCGAGAAGUACAACCCGCGGAGCAACAAGUGGGUUGCGGCCUCCUGCAUGUUCACGCGGCGCAGCAGCGUCGGCGUGGCGGUGCUCGAGCUCCUGAACUUCCCGCCGCCUUCCUCGCCCACCCUCUCAGUGUCCUCCACCAGCCUUUGACACGGGGUCGCCGUUUGGCUGACUUCGGCCGCCACUGCUACAGCCCAGACUGGAUCUGGGAAGAGACGCAACUGUUCGGUGUGAGAUGAGGAGGAGGGACUGCUGGGAGCGCCGAGGGGAGGGAGAACUGAAGGCACACCGUGUGAAUGAGGCCUCUUCAUUUGGUACGGUACACUCCAGAAUUAUUAGCAAACUUGGUUAAAACCAGACAUGCUUUACAUAGCAACUAAAGACAGCAACUUUUAAAGUAAUUGUAAAAAAACACUUUACCAUAUGAUAAUAAAAAUAUAAUUUAAUAUAUCUCAUUAGAUGAUAAACAACUAUUAGUAUUAUUAAAUUAUGAUAAUUUUAGUUGUUUUAAACUAAUCAUUACUCCCUAUUAUUCAUUUUUUCUUUUUUCUUUAUUUUUUUGCCACGUUGCUGUUAGCUCUGAACUGCACCGUAUCUAGUCUGGAUUCCUCAGAGUCUCUCCUGAAUAUCAAAACCAUACCCUUCAAAACUUAUUUCUUUAAAAAAAAUAAUAAAAAUGGACUAAAAAAAAAAAGGUGUGCCCACCAUGAUAAGUGUUUGACACACAUAUCGUAAAACAAGGCAGGCACUUUAUUCUGUAAUGUGUGCUGUACCUUUUUGGUUUGAUGUCGUAGUUCCCUGCAAAACUUUUUUUUUUUUCAUGUCAAGAGUUUUUCACAAUAAUAUAUAUCGAUAUAUAUAUAUAUAUACAUAAAAAAAACUGAAUGAUUUUACUUUUGGAAUGUAGCUUUUUUCAGUGGUCGUACCAUGCAUGACUACGUAUCGACACAGAAACCCUUCCACCCCAAAAGAUGAGAAAUGUAGUUGUAGUUCUGCUGUGCCACGCUAGGUGGCAGUAACGGGCAAUGUUUAAAAGCGCUGCAAGAAAGCAUGGACACAAACAACAAGCUAGGCCCUCAGAACUGCGAAUGAGUUUGGAUCUUUAUUUAUAUAAAAGAACGAAUAAUACAAAAGUAGAUUCAUUUAUAAAAUAUAAUAUAUUCAGUUUUAAAGACGCUCAGAGAAAGAAACGGAUCCAAGCGAUGACUAUUUAAGAGUGUUUUAAAUAUAUUUAUUUAACGUGUGACGUGCAUGUCACAAACGGAAAUGACAGAGAAGAAUGUCUUAGUCUGAGAGACGCUUGUGUGGGUUUAGACUACGAGAGGACUGCUUGCUGUGUUAUGAUGUGCGGCGAUUCAUUUGCAUUUCUUAAUGUUUGUUCACUGCCACAUGACCCUGGACCUCACUGUACAUCUAACAGCAUUUAUUGUGUUUGCCUAAAUUAUUUUUCAAAACCACAUCGAGGUGCAUUGUUUUCCCCCCUCAAGAUGGAUAGACUUGGCUGGUGGAUGCCAUCCUAUUCCAUUUAAUUAAACUGAACCAUAUCUAUUUUAACUGUGGUUAAUAAGUUGGGCUUUGUUUAAACAGUUAAAAUAAUAAAGAAAAUGCAUUACCAUUGCAUAAAUAUCUCAAGUAAAAUCUAAUUUGUCAAACUGAUCUACUCACAAUGAUCAUUUUGUCCUUUUUAUAAAUGAUAGUUGAGUUCAGCUCAUGUGAUAUCAUUCCAGACUUCUAAGAAGUUGCCUUUUCUCCUUAUUUUGAAGGAUUUAUUUAUCCGUUUAGUUUUUCUCUCUCUCUCUCUCUCUAAAACUACCUUCAGUUUCAUUAAAGUGUGCAAAGGCGUACGAGGUAGAAGUGGAGCUCUGAUGGCCUUAUAAAAAUGUGACUACUCUGUAAACUUUUAAGAUAACAAGCUGCACAAAUUCACAUAAGACUAAAAACCUCCAUUCUCUGGAUUGAAAUGUACAUAUAUUGCUUAGUUUCUGAGUUCUGUUUGUGCAAUGUCAAUGUGACUGUAGACUCUUUUUUUUCUUCUUCUUCUUCUUUUUUUAAGUUUGUGGUUGGUGUUGUGAUAUGUGUUUAUUUAUAUGUUUGUUAUUUAUGACAGACUUUAAUAUGUUGAAUUUUGCACUAUUGCGAAGUGGAGCAAUACAGUACACUCAAAAAUGGAAAUAAAGAUGUUUUCAGAUGUG